UCCAACUUCAAGACUCUUGCUAGAAGAAUUUGAUAGUUUUGACUCGUGAAAGAACAACAAAGUCGGGCUGAUUAAUCUAAAUAUCUUAAACAAUGCAAGAAGUCCUACUGUAGUUACUCAAAAAUAAUGAACAGAAGUUAAGUCUGAAGGCUAAUUUAUCAAAUUUUUCAAAUAUAAAUCUCAAAAGCACAUUAAUAUCUCGCUAUACGCCUAAAACAAGCUUGAACAGGGAAUCUAAAGUACCCAUAUUUUCCAAAACAAAUAUAAGUUUCUACAACAGAAUAAUAGGGAGUGACAAGAAACUGCAGUUGUCCAAUGGCCAAAUAUGACUGACUAAUGCCUCGAAGCGGAAGAAUAAGCUCUCCAAGGGUAACAGCUUCCGUAAGAAGUUCUAUUCACGGUAUAAAUAACAUCUGAAAGGCUUAUAACCCGAGUAUUAGUGAACUGAAGGCAAAAUCUGGGCUGCAUUCUAAGAAAAAUUCCUCUGAAAAUACCAUUCCUCUGGUGCUGAGUCAGCCAGUGGUUGAGCAUAAGUUCAAAAUCUCACGUAAAGCUAUCCGAAACCAAGGUAGGAGCUAUAUCAAGCCUGAGUCUCAGAUUGAAAGUAUUGACAUUAAAUAACAAGAAUAUUACAAUACAGAGCUUUAAGAUGCCCAAUGGCCGUGCAAGGAAAUGAGUGAGUAAGCGAGUCAACCGCAAAAUUAAAUCUCGAGUACGGAUAGCUUCCAAGAAAAUCCAGAAAGCUGUGAACGAAACUUGAUCACAAUUAAUGAUCUUCCUUGAUAAGAAAGAAGCAAAACAAAGAAUCAAAGGCACAAUGUCUUCUUUCAGGAGCGACUAGAUUGAGAAAUCUCCGUAGGAGAUUUCUCAAUCUGUCAUUUCCAACCAUAGAAAUUAAGUCUGACUGUAUUAGUUCUAAGAUUUUUGAGAGGCC